AUGAAAAACGCAAUCAAUGGGACUGUUCCUGUUGGGAUCUUCAACUUGCCUAACGUGGUCAUGAUUGAGCUGGAUCAAAACUACUUGUCUGGUCAACUUCCAACACAUAUGUAUGCGGACUCACUGGAAAUCCUCACGCUUUCUGGGAACCAGAUUUCCGGGGAAAUCCCACGGGCAAUUGGAAAUCUUAACAACUUACGAACUCUCUCCCUGGCGAUGAACAAGUUUUAUGGGAAAAUACCAAAGGAAAUCUUUUAUUUGAAAUGGUUAUUGAAGAUCAACAUCAGCAUCAACAACCUGGGUGGUGAAAUUCCAGCUUCAAUUUCUAAUUGUUCGUCUCUAACGUUCCUUGAUUUUAGUCGAAACAAUUUGGUUGGCGAAAUCCCAAGAGGGACAACAAAGGUAGAAGCAAUUCAACGUGUCAAUUUCUCUAGAAACCAACUCACGGGACAAAUACCUGAUGAAAUCCCCUACAUCACAACAAGCCUCACAACUUUGGAUCUCUCUUACAACAACUUCACUGGAACAAUCCCACAAUCCAGUCAGUUUCUGGCCAUCGUGUCGUUUGAAGGAAAUCCCUCUCUCUGUCGCAAUGUCUCAUGCCCGUCCUUGAUUAACCAGAGAGCUCGAGACCACAAUGCGUUUGGUUCUCCUUUGAAGCUAGCUCUUAUCAUCAUUGGACCGCUUCUGGUUCUCCUACUUAUCAUCCUUCUGCUAUUCCUACUUGUCAAGGUUUAUAGAAUCACAAAGAUGAGAAAGAUCCAAAAAUCUAAGGGUUGGAGGCUCAUAGUGUUCCAGCAGCUCCAUCUCAACGUCGAGGAGUUGCUCCAGUGCUUAAAGCUUGAGAACAUUAUAGGCAAAGGGAGUGCUGGGGUUGUCUACCGCGGGACCAUGCCAAGCGGCCUUGAAGUGGCAAUCAAACAGCUUGUUGGCUCAAGUAGAGGAGGACAGAGGGAUCAUGGAUUUUCAGCGGAAAUUAAAACACUAGGACAAAUCAAGCACCGAAACAUU